AAAAUGUGCCACUAGUUUGACUCGUCACCGUUGACCCAACUUGUCUCCAGCUAAACCAGCGGAGGACAGCAGCCAACAACCACUUAAUUACAAGGCCUCGCCGGAGACGGAGACGGAGACCAAUCCGCCCCCGACCUCGCCGAUGGCGGAAACUCCACGCCGAAUCCGCCGCGGCGGCGCCGGGCUCUCGCUCGUCGUCGUCGCCCUCCUCCUCGCCGUCGCGGCGAGGGCGCAGCAGGAGUACGAGGCGAACCAGCAGAACGCCUGCUACGCCACCAACGCGAGCUCCACCCUCGGCUACACCUGCAACGCCACCUCCGCCUCCGCCGCCGCCGCGGCGCCCUGCGACGCGUACCUGGUGUUCCGCUCCUCCCCGCCCCUCUACGCCUCCGCUGUCUCCAUCUCCUACCUCCUCAACGUCGCCGCCGCCGCCGUCGCCGACUCCAACGCCGUCGACCCGGUCGCCCCCGUCGCCGCCGACCGCCUCGUGCUCGCGCCCGUGCCGUGCGGCUGCUCCCCGGGCGGCUACUACCAGCACAACGCCUCCCACACCAUCCGCGACACCGGCGUCGAGACCUACUUCAUCAUCGCCAACCUCACCUACCAGGGCCUCUCGACGUGCCAGGCUCUCAUCGCGCAGAAUCCCCUCCACGACAGCCGCGGCCUCGUCGCCGGCGACAACCUCACCGUCCCGCUCCGCUGCGCCUGCCCCUCGCCGCCGCAGGCCGCCGCGGGCGUCAAGCACAUGGUCACCUACCUCGUCACCUGGGGCGACACCGUCUCCGCCAUCGCCGCGCGGUUCCGCGUCGACGCGCAGGAGGUGCUCGACGCCAACACGCUCACCGAGAGCUCCAUCAUAUACCCCUUCACCACGCUGCUGGUCCCGCUCAAGAACGCGCCCACGCCGGACAUGCUCGCGCCGCCGGCCCAGGCGCCGCCGCCCCCCGCGCCCGCGCCGCCGCGGGCGCAGCCGCCGCCUGGUGGGUCGGGCAGCGGGAAGGGAGUCGCCGUUGGGGUAGGCGUCGGUUGCGGCGUUCUUGCGUUGGCGGGUGUCUUUGGCUUGCUGUUCUUCUGUCUCCGGCGGCGACGCGGCGUUGGGGAAGAAAGUGUUCGUCCGGGGAAGGUGGUCGGCGACGUGUCCUCUUCGGCGGAGUACGGCGCCCUGGCAUCGGGGAAGCAGACGACGACGGCAACCUCGAUGUCGUCGCUGUCCGCGGCGAGGUCGCUGAUGGCGAGCGAAGUGCGCGAGGCGUUGGAGUCGCUAACGGUGUACAAGUACUCGGAGCUGGAGAAGGCCACGGCGGGGUUCUCGGAGGAGCGGAGGGUGCCCGGCACCGCCGUGUACCGCGGCGUGUUCAACGGCGAUGCGGCGGCGGUGAAGCGUGUUUCCGGCGACGUGAGCGGCGAGGUCGGCAUCCUGAAGCGCGUGAACCACUGCAGCCUGAUCCGCCUCUCCGGCCUCUGCGUCCACCGCGGCGACACCUACCUCGUCUUCGAGUACGCCGAGAACGGCGCGCUCAGCGACUGGCUCCACGGCGGCGACGCCGCCACCGGCGUCCUGGGGUGGAGGCAGCGCGUGCAGGUGGCGUUCGACGUCGCCGACGGGCUCAACUACCUCCACCACUACACCAACCCGCCAUGUGUGCACAAGAACAUCAAGAGCAGCAACAUCCUCCUCGACGCCGACCUCCACGGCAAGAUGUCCAGCUUCGGGCUAGCCCGCGCGCUCCCCGCGGGCGACGGCGCCGCCGCCGCCGCCGCGCAGCUGACGCGCCACGUCGUGGGCACCCAGGGCUACCUCUCCCCGGAGUACCUCGAGCACGGCCUCAUCACGCCCAAGCUCGACGUGUUCGCCUUCGGCGUCGUCCUCCUCGAGCUCCUCUCCGGCAAGGAGGCGGCGUCCUCCGGCGACGGCGAGAACGGCGAGGCGCUGCUGCUGUGGGAGUCCGCGGCGGAGGCGCUCGUCGACGGCGGCGGCGAGGACGCGGGGAGCAACGUGCGCGCGUUCAUGGACCCGCGGCUUGGCGGCGACUACCCGCUCGACCUGGCCAUGGCCGUGGCGUCGCUGGCGGCGCGGUGCGUGGCGAGGCAGCCCGCCGCGCGGCCGGCCAUGGACGAGGUGUUCGUCUCGCUCGCGGCGGUGUACGGCUCCACGGUGGACUGGAACCCCUCGGAUCACGGCAACUCCGGGUCGUCGCUGAUUGGGAGGUAGCAAAACGAACCAAAUCGGUGGCAAAUUCGAUUCAAAUCGAUGCGAAAAGAUCGGAAUUUUUCAAAUUGAGUUUUGAAUUUGUAGCUGAAAAUAGUAUUUGUGUUGCAAUUGAUGGUGCGAAUAAAAACUGUCCUCGAGCAGCAGCGACAACUUGACAUGCUUGACUGAGAAGGAGUACGAUCGAAUUGUAUAAGUUUUGAGUCAUUAUAGGUGGUUUUGACUGAUUCUGUAUAAGUUUUCGCAAAUUUGGGGACAAAUAUGAUUGCCUA